AUGGCCGGUGAAGUUUCCGAUCAUAUCAACCAGAGAUUCUUCGUCGCCGUCCACGUCGGCGCUGGUUACCACUCACCGGUUAACGAAAAGGCUCUCCGAUCUGCAAUGAAAACUGCCUGUCUCGCCGCCGCAUCUGUUCUACGAACGGGCUCUGGAGGAUGUGUAGAUGCUGUGUCAGCAGCCAUUGAGACCUUGGAGAAUGAUCCAUGCACAAAUGCUGGAAGAGGGUCGAAUUUGACAGAAGAUGGUGAUGUUGAAUGUGAUGCAAGUAUCAUGGAUGGUAGCUCUGGAGCAUUUGGUGCUGUUGGAGCAGUGCCAGGUGUAAGAAAUCCCAUUAAGAUUGCAGCUUUGCUGGUGAAGGAGCAAAUCCUGGGUUCAUCACUGUUGGGUCGAAUUCCUCCCAUGUUUUUGGCUGGUGAUGGUGCUCGUGUUUGGGCAAAUUCCAAGGGCAUUAAUAUUUUUGAAACCAUUGAAAAGGCCAAUGAGUGGCUUGUAACAAGAAAGGCAAAAGAACAGUGGAAGAAAUAUAAAGCAAUGCUUGAUGAUGCCAAAGCUGAAAUUACUUUGGUGAAAUCAUCAUCUAGUCAUCAACAGAUUGACAAUUCAUCGGAUAAAGGAGAAGACAACAUCAUGGAUACAGUAGGAGUUAUAUGUAUUGAUAAACAAGGAAACAUAGCUUCCGGAGCUUCUAGUGGUGGCAUUGCACUAAAAGUGAGUGGGCGUGUAGGAUUAGCAGCAACAUACGGUUGUGGUUGUUGGGCAUCUUCAAAUGUUGGUUGUUGUGUUAGUGGUGCUGGUGAAUGCCUGAUGAAACUUUUUGCUGCUCACCAAUGCUGCAUAUCUCCAUUACUAUCACAUGCUGGACCAGUAGCCGCAUGCUCAAAAGUUUUAGAGUCUGUAAUUGAACACAAUAGUGAUACAAGUGCUGGAUUUUUGCUUGUGCAAGCUGAGGCUCCUUUGGUGGGUCCUGGAUUAUCACGAGAGCUGAAAGCUGUUGAAAUAGCUGCUGGGUUUACUAGUUUGUCUUUUGGAAUAGGGUAUUUUGGUAAUUCCAUGGACCACCCAAAGGUUUCCAUUUUGAGGAGUACAAAACAAGAGAACACAAGAGAUAUAUGCCAAUUCGCAGCUUUAGUUAACCUCUCCUCUUCUCCCGUUAGAUAUCAUUGAUUGGGCCUUAAAUAUUUUGUGUAUAACUCUUGCAAAAAAUAUUACCCAACCUCUUUUAGAUUUAAAUUACUCGUGUUUAUAUAAAUUUUGGAUGUUUGAUUAUUUAGAG